AUUGCUUAGUCUAUCUCCGGCUGUUUUCGAUAGUUGAAAUUCUCACACUUUCUUUUCGUGUAAUUUUAUUUUAAUUGAUUUUUAUUAUUUAUAAUGGCCACCGCAGGAAAGGUUAUUGAAUGUAAAGCGGCCGUUGCCUGGGCAGCUAAGGAGCCAUUGUCGAUUGAAACAAUCCAGGUUGCACCACCAAUGGCUGGUGAAGUUCGUGUCAAAAUUCUUGCAACCGGUGUUUGUCACACGGACGCAUACACAUUGGGCGGUUUUGAUUCAGAAGGUGUUUUUCCUGUUGUAUUAGGUCACGAAGGCGGUGGAAUUGUUGAAAGUGUUGGCGAUGGUGUCACUGAUUUUUCACCAGGCGAUCAUGUUAUUCCAUUAUACGUUCCACAAUGCAAAACUUGCAAAUUCUGUUUGAGCCCAAAGACCAAUUUGUGCCAACGUAUUCGUGAAACUCAAGGUCAAGGAGUGAUGCCAGACGGUACAUCUCGUUUCACUUGCAAAGGAAAGAGUUUGUUUCAUUUUAUGGGAACAUCAACAUUCUCUGAAUACACCGUUGUUGCAGCAAUUUCGCUCACCAAAGUCAAUGAAUCAGCACCAUUGGAUAAAGUUUGUCUUUUGGGUUGUGGAAUUUCAACUGGCUAUGGUGCCGCAUUGAAUACGGCCAAGGUUGAAGCAGGUAGUACUUGUGCUGUGUUUGGUUUGGGUGCCGUUGGAUUGGCCGUUGUAUUGGGAUGUAAAAAAGCCGGAGCCAGUCGUAUUAUUGGCAUCGACAUCAAUCCAGAUAAGUUCGAAAUGGCCAAACCAUUUGGGUGCACUGAAUUCUUGAAUCCGAAAGAUUUCGAUAAGUCAAUUCAACAAGUUCUAGUUGAUAAGACCGAUGGUGGUGUUGAUUAUUCCUUCGAGUGUAUCGGAAACGUUGCCACAAUGCGUGCUGCUCUUGAAGCAACUCACAAAGGCUGGGGGGUUUCGGUUAUAGUCGGUGUUGCACCAGCUGGCGCUGAAAUUAGCACGCGACCAUUCCAACUAGUGACUGGUCGCGUUUGGAAAGGUACUGCAUUCGGUGGAUGGAAGAGCUGUGAAAGUGUGCCAAAAUUGGUCGAUGCUUACCUCAAGAAGGACCUAUUGAUCGACGAAUUCAUCACGCACAACUAUCAGUUGAACGAAAUCAACGAAGCAUUCCAUGUCAUGCAUGAAGGGAAGAGCAUUCGCAGCAUCGUUCACUUCUAAAUGAACAUUUAUUCGUUGUCGGUUCAAAUGUUUUGAAGCCCUAAGCUGCUCGCAUUUAAAUACAAAAUAUAUUUUUUCGAAGUGAUUUUUCUACAAGAAACACAGAAUAAAGAAACAUACGCACUUUAUUUUUAAACUCAA